CAAUGCGCUUUCUGCAUCCAGAAACAUUCUAUUUUACAUAAACAAAUCAAACCGCUUAAAAUGAUCUGUCAACCAUGUACGUUUAUGCAAUGUAUAAUACACAAUUUAUCAACUCGCACAAAUUCUUUAAAUGUAUUAAUUGGCUACAGAAUACAAUGUUUCUGGACGCAGAGAGCACAUUGUAGAUCUGGCUUAAAACUUGCUGAGCUGGAAACAUGCACAGGCACGCAAUCAGAUACAGAUUCAGAUAUUGAAGUAGUUGAAAAACCAGGCGAAAUAUCUGACACACCUGAAUCAGAAACUAAGGAAUUAGUAGAUGAGAAAUUAUUAAAUGAGAAUGAAUCUGAUAAGGACAGACCCAUUUCAGAAUCGUAGCGCUCAUAACUUUUCUAUUUGAAUAAAUAGCUCGAAGGCGAAAAAGGAUAUUUAUGAAUCAGAAUUUCACGUAAGUUUAAAAUUUGAUAAAAGUGAAGAGGCAAGAAUGGAAACGUAAAAUUAAACGUAAAUUAAAAAAGUAAAAUAAAUUGUAAAGUAUGUUGUAAUAUCUCCUUUGCCAAC